CAUUGCCAUCCACCAGAACCUUUGCGCCUCGCAAAGGCCGCAGACGACAAGACGUGUCGGGACGUGUCGGGGCGACCGAGUCAGCGUCGGCGGUGCGGAGCCGCCUGGCCAAUUGGUCGGUUCCCUCCUUCUUCCAGGGCUCAGAUUGCACGUCGCAGUCACGGUGUAGUGAACGGCUGAGACCCAGGCGAGCAACAUUCCGCGACUCGGCCGCAUAUCCAGUACCUGCCUCAACCAUUCAUCCCAUCACCGGCGCGACUCCGCUUUGCUACUUCUACAUUUUACCCGCGGAUUGACCUUCGCGAUUGUGUGCGUUGCUUUGUAGCUGCUGCCGACCGACGGCAAGUGUUUGCCUAUACAGCGUCGCCGCCUUGCGACCGUUCGAGUUCCGCCCACCGCCUGUCGGCAGGGUCAACUGCAGGCCCAUCCAAGCAUUGAUACCCAGUUGUUGCCUUGACCACACCGAGUCGCGAAAUCAACGCCCAGCUGGCCCAAAAUGGCGUCGUCGUCGUCCAACGUCGUGGGGGUGCACUACAGGGUAGGGAAGAAGAUCGGGGAGGGAUCAUUUGGCGUCAUCUUCGAGGGGAUGAAUCUGCUCAACAACCAGCAAGUGGCCAUCAAAUUUGAGCCCAGGAAGAGCGAUGCUCCUCAACUCCGGGAUGAGUAUCGGACAUACAAGAUCCUCGUUGGAUGCCCUGGCAUUCCCAAUGUCUACUACUUCGGACAGGAAGGCCUGCACAACAUCCUCGUCAUUGACCUGCUCGGCCCGUCGCUCGAGGAUCUCUUCGACCACUGCAACCGGAGGUUCAGCCUGAAGACGGUCGUCAUGGUUGCGAAGCAGAUGCUGUCGCGCGUCCAGACUAUCCACGAGAAGAACCUGAUCUACCGGGACAUCAAGCCUGACAACUUCUUGAUUGGAAGACCGGGUACGAAGGCCGCGAACGUCAUCCACGUUGUCGACUUUGGCAUGGCCAAGCAAUACCGCGACCCGAAGACGAAGCAACACAUCCCCUACCGGGAACGCAAGUCGCUCUCGGGAACUGCCCGGUACAUGAGCAUCAACACCCAUCUUGGCAGGGAGCAAUCGAGACGAGACGACCUCGAAGCGCUGGGGCAUGUUUUCAUGUACUUCCUGCGAGGUGGCCUGCCCUGGCAGGGUCUGAAGGCUGCCACCAACAAGCAGAAGUACGAGAAGAUUGGCGAGAAGAAGCAGACGACCCCGAUCAAGGAGCUCUGCGAAGGCUUCCCCGAGCAGUUUGCCCACUAUCUCACCUACGUCCGCAAUCUCGGCUUCGAAGACACGCCCGACUACGACUACCUGCGCGACCUCUUCACGCAAGCGCUGAAGGAGGAGGGCGGCGUUGAGGAUGGCGAGUACGACUGGAUGAAAAAGCAGGACAAGAAGGGGGACUGGAACCGCCAGCAGCUUCACGACCCAAACUCCCGGCCCGGGGCGUCGGCCAUGGAACUCCAUGGCAACUCGCGGGGGGCCACCACUCGUCUCCAAAGCGACCCGCAAGCCCCGGGACUGACAGCAGCUCGUUUAAACGCCACGCAACCCCCGCUGCCGCGGCAGGCCAUGGGACAACAGAAGCCAGGGCGGCCAAACGGCCCCGGACUGGCAAGCCCGCGCCAGGCGGUUGGGGGUUACAUGGCGGCCGCGCCGACACCGACGGGCUCGACCCAGGCGCAGUUCCAGAACAGCACGCAGAACCUGCCGCAGAGGCCAAUGACGCAGUCGCCUCAGAUGACCAGCCAGGCCCAACCGCAGAAUAACCCCCAGCCACAGCCGACGGGCUUCCAGAAGUUCAUGAAGACGCUCUGCUGUGGCUAGUGGCUCUGACUCCUGCUUUUCGUUCCUGUUCCAUGAUCUAGGCGUCCUGUUGACGCGGGGCGACAGUGGACCACGGCAUGUUCCACAUAGAAGGCUUUCCAGGAGACGAGUCGGACAUGAUUUGCCCAAAAAACAUGCGCAUGCGUUUCUCGUUUUGCAUGGGACAUAG